AUGUUGGAGUUGAAAAUGAAAUGUAAACCGUUCAAAGACGUUGUUUGUAUCGGAGAAUUACAAUGGACGGGAGGCCUUGAGGAGGUGAACAACGGUACUCAUAACGUGCUGAAUGCCGCUUGUUGUUCCUACUCUGCAAUGGCUCACUCACAGCUUGUACGAACAAUAUUUCUUGGACAGGACGACAGUUACGAAGGUGGUUUUCAUGAAAAACCUGGACAAGUCGGAGGCUUCGAUCUUAUCAAAGAAGUGCGAAAAUCGGUCAUUGGAGAUAAUAAGUAUGGGUCUAACACACUUAUCAUUUUUUUGCAGAAAAGUUAUCUAAAGAAUGUUUUUAAAAAUUCAUUCGCAUUUGCAAAAACAAAGCUAAAGAAGAAAAUUAGUUCUUUUUUUAGAGUACAGUACAUUAUCACGAUCCAUCGAUUACCUUGUUCGACCGAUCGUACGAGGUUUAGAGGUUAUACCCGUAGUCCAAGCAGAAAUAAGCGCCGCAUGGACGAAAACAAAAAGGAAAAUGAGUACGAAUAUGAAUGGGAAGAGAAUGAGGGAAGGCGCCCUGCUAUGCGGGAUUAUGACGAUUACUACGAUUACGACUAUGCUGUAAUUGUUCCCCGUCAAAUGAUGUCCAGGAGGCAACAUUCAAACUCUCGCCUUUGGCCACUCGCUCGAGCACAUGCAGAUGGUGGCAUAUUCCAAACUAACGAUGUAAUUCCACUUAAGGGUGAACAGGAUGUGAUUGUCAAUAGUGGUUCUGCAAUAUCAGAUGAAUUCUCUUCACUUUCUUCAUCACAACAACAAGUACCGGUAGCACAGGCUAUGCCUGUCACCUCAGUAGAUGGGCCUCUUCCACCUCCACUACCCUCUUCUUAUCAACAGUUGCCUCAAUAUGUCCCCGCCUAUAAAGAGGUGGCAUACACACCGGCUCCCUAUAUUCAACCACCUGCUCAGCAAGUGCAGUUUCGACAACCGCACAUUACUGAAGCACCACCUCAGAGGGUGCAAUAUCGAGAGCCCUUUUCAGAGCAGCCACAGUAUCGUCAACCUUUGCCAACUCCACCGAGUGAAUACGCUCGAGCUGCACAAGUUCCAGUACAACCUGCACCAGCACAACAAUAUUAUUACUAUCCAUAUUAUCAAGGAGGUUUGAACGGAUUAUUUGAAGCAAUGCAGUGCUUUAGUGGAGAUAUGGAAGUUGAAACGCCUUCCGGACCAAAAGCCAUCAAGAAUUUAGAAGUUGGAGAUAUGGUGCUGAGUAUUGAUGAAUCCAUGGUAACAUUCUCUCCGGUGAUCAUGUUUCUUCAUAAGUUAGAAAACGAACAUGCGCAGUUUUUACAAAUCAACUUGGAAACUGGAGAGUCUUUGAAGUUAACCGAGAAUCAUUUGAUGUAUGUAACAAACUGUGCACCUGAAGAGAAUCUUCGUCUCAUAUCUGCAAGAGAUAGUCGAAUUGGGCAGUGUGUACAAAUCACAGAUUCUGCUAAAAAUUUUGCAGCAAGGAGAAUUGUUUCAAUUGAUAGAGUAGCUGGUGUUGGUAUCUAUGCCCCCUUGACCAGCACUGGAGAUAUAAUGGUAAACCAUGUGCUCGUCUCCUGUCACUCCAAUCUAGCCCUCAAAACGCUGCAGCAAACGUUCUUCAGCAUCUAUCGAAGUCUAUCUGCACUACUUCCGGAUUACAUCCCGAACAAUCUUCACGACGAUGCUCAUUUGCCUUUUGGUGUUCAUUACUUAACUAGUGUUGUUGACUUAUUCCUACCAAAAAUGCGAGCAAAUACAAAUCGUAGACGUGUGGUUGUGAACCCGUUCAUGAAAAAUGUCUCAUCUGUAAGUGUUCUAAGGGUUAAAUAUCAGGCAGUCGCAACUUUACCAACUUGUUCAUGUGAAAGAAAUUGUUUUUAAUC